CUCCGAGCGGGGCAGACGUCAUGCAGCAACGGGGCAGCUCACCAUGUCGCACAUAGCAGAGCCAGGAUGUUCAAGUCUCGGAGCAGCAAGAAGCUCUCCGGCCAGAGAUCUCGCGUGCUGCGAGAGCGCGCCAACCUCAGCUUCUUCAUCGUGGUCAUGUUCUUCGCGGUGUUCGGAGUCAUCGUGCUUACGGAGAUCUUCCUCAUCGACGAGAGAGGGCGAGGUGCCGGAGUGCUGUUGCGAAACGGGGGGCGCCGCCGAGGGGACAAGCCCGACUACGAGGAUGCACAGUCUAUCCUCCAGGGGGAAGACUAUCUGGUGUACCGCGGAGCCGGGUUCGAUUACAAUUUCGGCGUAUUCGUACGCGAGGACCAUGGAGGCCUCAUUGAAGGCGUCAAUCACGCCGGGGCCCGCAUGCUACCUGCCGGGCGUGCGGGAAGCGAUCCGUCAGAUAACCUGAGGGCAAUGCAAGAAGCGAACAUCGCAGCAAAAGGCGGAGUUCCCGCGGGAGUAGAGUCCAGACUGCCUGGACACAACAUCACUGCCAAAGAUGGGGUUUGGCAGAUAGUUUCAGGCACAAGGUUCAAGUUCUUUGUGUUUUCUGCCUUCUAUGACCAGCGUGAGGAACGCAGCAUACGUAUUGUGGGGGCCACUAAGACACGAGGUCCUGAACGCGUGUGGUGCAGGCUGUGGUAUGGAAACACCACUAGCACCACACAUUCUGUGUCUCUUGCAGCCAAAGUCAAGGUUAUAAGGGAGAACUGGAACCUCAAGUACAGUGCAUGCUUCAUCCUGUGUCCCUUACAACAGAAUCUCUCUGCACCACACAGUGUAUCCAUUGUCAGUCGACUGCGACUUCCACCAGCCAACCACCUGCUAGUUCGCAACGCAGACUGGGACCCUGACCUCAGAAAUGCCUCUGCAGGCAUUCCAGACAGGAUGGCUGUCUGCGUAAAACCUAUCCAUUUCAACUACAAUCAGGCACUGCAGAUGCUGGAGUUCCUGGAACUGAACUCAAUUCUUGGAGUGCAUCACUUCACACUUUACAACGACACUUUGGGGCCUCAAGUGGGCUGCAUCCUACAGGAUUAUGUGUCCCAUGGGAUUGUCACUCUGUUGCCAUGGCAACUCAAUAUGGUUUCCCAGAAAGAAAUACGUACCGAGGGCUUGUUUGCAGCUCUCAAUGACUGUCUGUACCGUAGUAUGUAUCGGUACUCGUAUGCCGCCCUGGUGGACCUAGAUGAGUACAUCAUACCUCGGCACAAUGACACCCUUCCGCAGCUUGUCAAAUGGCUGGGUACUCGACUUAACACCCGGACAACUGGAUCAUACUCAUUUCAGAAUGCUUUCUUUUACCUUCAGUGGGGAGAUGAUCCAAGUAUUGCCAAAUCCACAGACAUGACAGAGAUAGGGCUCGUGACACUACGCAAGACUCGCCGUCGAAGCAAACUGCAUCCCCACAAACAACGCUCAAAGUACCUGUGCAGGCCUGAGUUUGUGGUGGAGGCAGGCAAUCACUUUAUCUGGGAGUUUGUCCCAGGUCAUGGAACGCUCAAUGUACCCCCAGAUGCUGCCAUCCUCCACCACUAUCGAGUGUGUGAGUUUGGAGGCAAUGAUUGUAUCAAGACUGCUUCUGUCGUGGACCACACAGCAUAUCGCUACAAAGAGAGGUUGCUGGAACGAGUCAAGUCAAAGUGGAAGGAUCUUAAAGCAAAGUGUAACUUGCCAGAACUUUCAUAUCACCAGACAAUGCCCCAAACGGUUGCACCACUUAACAAUAACACAAAAUCAAAACUUCAACCUCUGAAAGCUGUGGUAAAACAGAGCUAGCAAUAGUGUUGAGUUGCAAACCCACUGGUAUAUAGCUUUGUAAUUCAAUAGUGCGAAGAUGUGAUAAUGUGUUAACGGAAUCACAGAUGUCUCCUACAUUCUUCAACAAGUGUUUUGCCCUUUCAGAAUCACACCAUUAGGAAGAAGAAGAAGUCACUGCUUAAUAGAGUAGUGCUUCUCUGAAAAACACAGGAAUGGAGAUGACAUAAAAAGAAAUAUUUCUAUUUUAUUCCUCCAACCUCUCCUUUUUUUUAUACAGAAUGUCCCAGGAAGAAAGAACAAUGUUCUUGGAGGUCAUAGUAUUGGUCAUACUAACCCAAAAGGUGUAUAUGUACGUAUGUCUUAUUCUGGAUGGUUUCCAACAUAGAGCUAUUUUGCUGUACAGUAGUUUGAAUUUGGUGCCCAAUAUUAUUCUUCCCUCCUGCAUGAGAAUUGGUGUGAAGCAUCAGUUGGCUGUUGCGACUGUUGAUAGUGACAUUGUAGGAGUGUUGUGAAAAAUGUCCCACAUCUUCACAAAUGGUGAAUAUGCUGAUAUGCUAUAUGCUAUCCUCACAUGAGAUGUAAAGUGCAUUGAUGUUGAUGGUGGUAUUUCCGAAAAUAUAUUAUACUAGGUAAGCUGUAUCAACUUUAUCACUUGAACAAUUAAUACCAGUAUUAGAAACAAUAUGUAAUAUCUCUUCCUUAACAACAAUUUUUAACUGUACAGUGAAAUAGUUCUAUCUCGGAAACUGUUUGGAAAGAACAAGUUUACAUAUACACUUUUUUUUUUCUUAGACUGACCCAGGAUAUUGACUUUUCCUCCUGGGACACUCUAUAUAUAUAUAGACACACACACACAUUCUUCUUCAUCUCAUUUCCCUUGUCCAUUUUCUCAUCCUUCCUCUUCUGCAUCUCCUUUUCCUCUGUGCCAUAAUUCUUCAUUUUCUUCUUUCUCUUCAACUUUUUGUUUCUCCUUCCAAUAUCGGUUAUAUCUUAUUUCUUUCUACUUAUUCUUCUUUCUCCUGCUCUCCUUCCUUAUCUCCUCCUCUUCCUCCUCCUCCAUGUUUAAUAUUCUGGUCAGCACAAUUGCAGAUUCAGAGUCCUAAGAAGUUUACUUUAAAGUGAUAUGCAAACAAACAAAAAUAAGACACUGCAUUGGAUAUGUGAGUGGACAUCUCAAGCUGUACAUACUGCUUACCAGAGCAAGGGGCAGUAGGAACACAUGCUUCAGAAAGGAACGUUUUAGUUAGAAAUUCAUGUUAGACUGGUAGAUAUGUCACUGGACAACGGGAGGACAGUGUAUACAAUUCAGUUAUACUGAAUGUGGUGUGCUGGCUUUUCUCCUUUCAGAAAAUGUAUACUUUCUUACUGGUAUUUAAUCAGAAGAACACUGCCUUUUGGUAUGUGAUGUCAUGUAGUCUGGUAGAUCAUUACCACUGUUUUGGACAUAUAUUGCUAACUGUCUAACUGGCUACAUGGUGUCAUAUCCUAGAGGACAGUAAUUAUUAAUUUCUCAAUAUGGCGAAUAUUUUAGUGUGUGCUGCACAACUGUGUCAGCACACAUGGGAUCAAGUGGGCUUAGAAAGACAUUGCUUGGAAUAUAAAUACCAUUAUCACCAAGCCGAAAUAUAGCUGUCUGCAUCACAGGAGCAAAAGUCUUAAAUGAUAUGUUCCAGCAACAUAUUUUCUGUUAUGUUAUCAAUUUCCACCACCAGACUUCAGCACAAGAUGGAUAAGACAAUAUGUAUGAAUAAUUUUAUUUGUAUUUGCAAUAAAUGGCCAGCACAGCCAAGUGCAAUGCAAAUUCACAAAUAACACAUGUAGGAAAAAUAUGUACUCAACUGGAGUAUGCCUUUCUAGUCUUGCUUUGUAAAGAUAAAAUUAUCCCUGUGCUUAACUAAUUAAGUACUACACCAUGAAGAGGUAUGGGGGAGUGGGUAUAC